CUCUCAAAAAACUCCCAACCUUCCACAUUUUCUUAGAUCUCAAAAACAAACCAACCAACCAACCGCAUUAUCAUCGAUCACUUAGGUCCUAAACUCCUAGGAACCAACAGCCUAAAGAUCCAUGGGGAAUGUCGGUGACGAAUAUUAUAUGGCGAAGACACCGGACAAGGCGGCCGCGGACUGUGGAACCCACAAGGUUGAAGUCCCACCUUACCGGCCGUUUCUUAUGUCCUUCAAGGACUCAAUGAAGGAGACCUUCUUCCCGGACGAUCCCUUCCGACAGUUCAAGAACCAGUCGAUGUGUCGGAAGUUGGUUCUAGGUCUGCAGUAUUUUCUGCCCAUCUUAGAGUGGGCCCCACGCUACACUUUCGAUUACCUCAAGGCUGACGUUAUCGCUGGAAUCACCAUAGCCAGUCUGGCCAUCCCUCAGGGUAUCAGUUAUGCCAAGCUAGCUAACUUGCCACCUAUUCUAGGCUUGUAUUCGAGCUUUGUACCGCCUUUGGUAUACGCGAUGAUGGGAAGCUCAAAGGACUUGGCAGUUGGGACGGUUGCAGUUGGAUCGCUUCUAACCGCAUCUAUGUUGGGGAGUGUAGUGAAUGCCAAGGAGGAUCCGACCAUUUAUCUCCAUUUGGCUUUCACAGCCACCUUCUUUGCCGGACUUUUUCAAGCUACUUUGGGUAUCUUAAGGUUAGGAUUUAUUGUGGAUUUCCUGUCACAUGCAACAAUAGUAGGGUUCAUGGGAGGGGCAGCAACGGUGGUGUGCUUGCAGCAACUAAAAGGAAUUCUUGGUCUAUCCCAUUUCACACAUGCCACUGAUCUCAUCUCUGUUAUGAAAUCCAUCUUUUCCCAAACCCACAAGUGGAGGUGGGAAAGUGCUGUUCUUGGCUGCUGUUUCCUUUUCUAUCUCCUCCUAGCUAGACACUUUAGUAAGAGAAGACCAAAGCUUUUCUGGAUAUCAGCCAUGGCCCCUUUGACUUCAGUUAUCUUGGGCAGCCUUCUUGUUUAUCUUACUCAUGCUGAAAAUCAUGGUGUUGAAGUUAUAGGAAAACUGAGUAAGGGAUUAAAUCCUCCAUCAAUAACGGACUUAGCAUUCGGGUCCCCUUAUCUUUCCACAGCCAUCAAGACUGGCAUUAUUACUGGAGUUAUUGCCCUAGCUGAAGGUAUUGCAGUGGGAAGAAGCUUUGCCAUGUUUAAAAAUUACCAUAUUGAUGGAAACAAAGAGAUGAUUGCUUUGGGGAUGAUGAACAUAGUUGGUUCAUGCACUUCAUCUUACCUCACUUCAGGGCCAUUUUCAAGAUCUGCGGUGAACUACAACGCCGGUUGCAAGACUGCGGUGUCUAACAUUAUAAUGGCGGUUGCGGUCAUGAUAACUCUCCUUUUCUUGACGCCUCUGUUUUACUACACUCCCCUUGUGGUCUUAUCAGCCAUCAUUAUUUCCGCCAUGCUCGGUCUAAUAGACUAUGAGGCUGCUGUCCAUCUCUGGCACGUUGAUAAGUUCGAUUGUCUCGUCUGCAUUAGCUCAUAUCUCGGUGUUGUCUUUGGUAGUGUCGAGAUUGGUUUAGUCCUGGCUGUUGCAUUGUCUCUACUAAGGGUAAUAUUGUUUGUGGCAAGGCCAAGGACAAUAGAAUUGGGAAAUAUUCCAAAUUCAAUGAUCUACAGAAGUGUUGAUCAGUACCCUAACCAAAACAAAGUUCCAGGGCUUCUAAUUUUGAGGAUUGACGCUCCCAUUUAUUUCGCAAACGCGAGUUACUUGAGAGAAAGGGUUCUUAGGUGGAUCGAUGAUGAAGAGGAUAAAAUAAAACUGUCGGGAGAUACCGCCACCACAUUGCAAUAUGUUGUCUUGGACUUCAGUGCUGUGGGUAAUAUUGAUACAAGUGGGAUAAGCAUGUUGGAAGAAGUUAAGAAAACAUUUGAGAGAAGAGGCCUCAAGCUUGUGUUGGCGAAUCCGGGAGGAGAGGUGAUGAAGAAGUUGAACAAGGCCAAAUUUGUAGAAGAAAUGGGCAAUGAAUGGAUUUUCCUAACUGUAGGAGAAGCGGUUAGGGCUUGUAAUUUCAUGCUUCACUCUUUGAAGUCCAAGGCUACAACUGUUGAUCAUGAUCACCAGCAAUCAUGGACUUGCAACGUUUAGAAGUGGAAACUCGAGAAUAAGGGCAUAUAUGAAAGUUUGAGUCCUCUAGACCAAUUUUUGGUUUCUUUUCGCACUCUUAUGUGGUUCGUGUUAAUGUAUCAUUGUAAUUUCCAAUCGGAUAAUAGGAAGUCACCCAUGACUUUGUUCGAAUUUAUGCAGAGUGUCGUUUAAAAACUUA